AUGGAUUAUUUUAUUGGGCCAAAACUUCUGGAUUUUAAGAAUUCACCGCCACAUCUUCAGUUCAACAAGUAUGUCCUGACAGGAUACCGGCCUAUAUCCACUUACAGAGACUGUCUGCGAAGUUUGUUCUAUCUGCACAAUGAAUUUGGGAACAUCUAUACACAUGGUAUCCCCUUCAUCUGUUUUUUGCUGGUUUUGCCUUUGAGUAUCCCAUGGGCUGAAGUUGAUGAGUGGUGGAUAGGAGUGGUGCAUUAUUUGGCUUGUCUGUCUCCCACUGUUUUUUCAGUCUUCUAUCAUCUCUUCAUGAACCAUGAGGGUGGAGCAUCUAUGUAUGACACACUGCUGUGCUUCGACAUGUUUGGUGUCUGUCUCGUCAACACUCUAGGUGCUCUGCCAAUCAUUCACAUAACUUUGUUGUGUUACCCAUCCUCCCGCCGUGUAGUGAUGUUGGCAUAUCUCCUCCUCUCUGGCUGGGGUGUUCACUGUGCUAUCACUGCACAGAGUAGCGUGCAUCGCCUGCAAUCUUUUGCUUGGCAGCUGAUGUUCCAUUAUGCACAUCAUGGUCAUCCUGUCCAUUAUGUACUUAAACUGGGGCAUGCUGGAGGAUUUAACAUGGUUAAAGGGAUAUCACUGUCCCGGUGA